AGCCCCGCCGGCCCUCAAGGACCCUGCACAGCCAAGAUGGCGGCGCCCGUGCGGCAGGCGCGCCCCCUGUUUGGGCUGGCGGCGACGCUGGGCCCAGGCUCCCGGGGCUACCGAGCGCCGCCGCCCCCGCGCCACUCGCCGAGGCCCUGGUGGCCGGACCCGGAAGACCCACUGACUCCACGCUGGCAGCUGGGUCCGCGCUACGCGGCCAAGCAGUUCGCGCGGCACGGCGCCGCCUCCGGGGUGCCCGUCGGUUCGCUGUGGCCGUCGCAGGAACAGCUGCGCGAUCUAGAAGCUGAGGAGCGCGAAUGGCACCCGAGCCUGGCGGCCAUGCAGGAGUCAUUGCGGGUGAAACAGCUGGCUGAGGAGCAAAAGCGUCAGGCCAGGGAGCAGCUCAUUGCAGAGUGCAUGGCUAAGAUGCCACAGAUGAUUGAGAACUGGCAGCGGCAGCAACAGGAGCGCAGGGAGAAGGAGAAGGCAGACAAGGAGCGGCGGGCCCGAUUGCAGGCUGAGGCCCAGGAGCGCCUGGGCUACCACGUGGACCCGAGGAGUGCCCGCUUCCAGGAGCUGCUACAGGACCUGGAGAAGCAGCAGCGUAAGCGCCUCAAGGAGGAAAAACAAAGACAGAAGAAGGAGGCACGAGCUGCCACAAUAGCCGCUGCUGCAGCCCAGGACCCAGCAGCCUCUGUGCCACCCAGCUCCUGAGCUUUGUUCUUUCUCAAUAAAACCUGCUGCCUGACAACUCCA